GAGCUAUUUAUUUUAAAAAGUGUAUAGAGUAUACUUUUCUCUAAUAAAAAGGCUGAGUACAGUAGAUCCUUCUGAUCGGAUCCUUUACCAGAUUUGGGUUGAGCUUAUUAACACUUCCAAACAUAAAUAGAGUUGAACUUCACCAAACCAAACACCAUUCAAACACCACCAAAAACAAAAAAUGUCAAAAUUUAUACACCAAACUCUCCCUCAUCAUCAUCAUCAUGCCAUAAUAAUUCCAUGUCCAUUUCAAGGUCACAUAAAUCCAGCAAUUCAUCUUUCAUUAAGACUAGCUUCAAUAGGAUUCAAAAUCACUUUCAUCAACACACAAUUCAUACACUCACAAAUAACAAAAGCCCAUUCAUCAGAGCCCGGGCCCGGACCCGAAUCCAACAAUAUUUUCUCUAAAGCCCGUGAGUCCGGGCUAGAUAUACACUACAUAACUAUUUACGAUGGAUUUCCAUUAGAUUUCGAUCGAAACAUGAAUUCGUUGCCCUUCUUAGAAGGUCUUAUAAAUGGAUUUGUUGAUCAUGUUGAUGAACUUGUUGGAAAAUUAAUUGAAAAAGAUGAUUCAAUUAAUUGUUUGGUUGCUGAUACAUUCUUUGUUUGGCCAUCAAUAAUUGCAAUGAAAUAUAAUAUGGUUCAUGUUUCAUUCUUCACUGAACCUGCUUUGGUAUUUGCUUUGUAUUAUCACUUGCAUUUGCUUCAACAAAAGGGACACUUUGGCUCUCAUGAAAAUCGCAAAGACAUUGUUGAUUAUAUUCCUGGAGUUAAAUCUAUCAAAUCAAGUGACUUGCCAUCCUUGUUUCAAAAUUCAGUGGUGCACCAAUUAAUCUACAAGGCAUUUCAAGAUGUUCGAAAAGCCGAUAUAAUAAUAGCCAAUACUGUUCAAGAACUCGAACCUGAAACCAUCACGUCGAUUCAAGAAAAGCAUAGUUUCUAUGCCAUUGGUCCCAUUGUGUCCGCGAAUUUCACUGACUUGACUAUUCCGAGUAGCCUAUGGUCCGAGAUCGAUUGCACCCAAUGGCUCGAUGCCAAGCCACAUGGUUCGGUCUUAUACGUCUCGUUUGGGAGUGUGGCUCUUGUUAACAAAGAAGAUAUUCUUGAGCUAGCUCAUGGACUUAUGCUUAGUGAAGUUAAUUUCGUUUGGGUACUUAGGUUUAAUUUUUUAGGUCAAGAUGAAAAAAGUAUUUUGCCCGAUGGAUUCGAAGGAAAGGUGAAGGAUCGAGGAUUGAUCGUGCCAUGGUGCAACCAAAUGAAGGUGAUUUCACAUUCAGCAAUCGGGGGCUUCUUGAGUCACUGCGGAUGGAACUCUGUAGUGGAAAGCAUUUGGUGUGGGGUGCCUUUGAUUUGUUCUCCACUUGUUACCGAUCAAUUGGCUAAUCGAAAAUUAGUGGUUUAUGAUUGGAAAGUUGGAAUCAAUCUACGUGAUGGGGAAUCAAUCACGAGAGAGGAAGUUCGAGACAAGAUUAAAUAUUUGAUGAACGAAGAGAUUUCGAGUAAUUUAAGGAAGACUAUAGCACAAGUGAAAGAAACAUUUUAUAGCGCAUUGGCUACGAAUGGAUCGUCGAAUGUUAAUUUUAACAAGUUCGUUGAAGAAUUGACGAUGAAGAUUAGUUUAGUUCGAGAGCACUGAAUUCAUAUGAACUCAAUAGCAUUUUUUGAAGUCGUAUAUUUGUAUUAUGAAAUUUAUUAACUAUGUAUUAGUACUGAACUAUGAACACAAUCGUAAUUAUAUUAGUUUGAUUUCGUUAUAGGAACCUAAAAAAAAAAUUAAAUUCUGAAUUC